AUUGCUAGUAAUUUUUUGUCAGUCGUGGCAAUCGUCGAGUUAAAGUAACGCAAGUAUCCGCAAAACUUAACUUAUCUAUGUGGUGUGAACUGUUAAUUCUAAGCAUGGCAGCUGCGAUGACAUUUGGUUCUCCAGCGAACUCUAGUGACCUUCUUCAUAAUCAUGCACCUGAUCCUGGACCUGCACCAGUGUAUACAGGGUCGCGGACGCAGGAAGCUCUUUAUCAUGACUACCUCACACAAAUUGCCCGAACGAGAAAAGAUAAGGAAACGAUAAGCGGAUCCACUUCGUUGCCGAAGUUCGAAGGAAAUUAUGGCGUUUCUGAUAUAUCCAUAGCACCGUCUACAGUGAACAUUAAGAGGAAAUCAAAAAAAAGGCCUACAACGCCUGGGCCUGUUCUAUACGAUUAUGGAUAUCCUGAUGAUGUCGAGACAGCACAAGGAAAGAAUAUUUAUACCACCAGCGGAAAACAAAAAAACUCGUUCAGAGAUAACAAGGAAGUAAGCGGCACGCAUGGAUAUUACGCAACACCUGGUUCUUCCACAAAUAGAGACAGAAGACCCUACGAAUCAUCGUAUUAUGAGCCGAUCGAUUACGAUGAUGGAUAUUACCAGGCAGAAGCUAGCGGCAUACAACAGCAAACUGCGGAACAGCCUCCAGAAGGAGCGGGGUCCGGACCUUCGUCUAAGGUACGGCCCUCACAUGCAGGUCACAGGGGAAAAAUCGUCAAUUCAGCCCACGAAAUCGAUCAAAUUAAGGCUUCAGCAUCUGAAUACUACGGAGGCUAUGGAAAUGGUUACGGCGGCGGCUACGAUGAUUUCCACCAUGCUUACGGCGGAGGUAGCUACCACCAAGUACCUUACCGACCGUCUCAUCACCGGAGUUCGAAAGGGCCGCUCGCUCUUUUACUAGGUUUGCUACCUCUGGGUCUUCUUUUCGCCAGUCUGAUGCCAUCCUUCUACAAUGUUCCCUUUGCCGCAAUUCCACCAGCUGGCAUCGCAGUGCAAAAUAUUGCUGCCCCUCCAGUGGCCGGGCGCCGUCGCCGUGACAUCCACGUGGACGACGCACCCAAAAAUAACGAUGUAAAACCACGCUCGUUAACGGCAAUGUCCUCGCUCCAGACCACGCUUACUUCAGUGAUUGAAUCUAACCCCGUCAUUAAGGUUCUUCAAGAAUACAGGCUACACGGUCUCAAUAGUCCCUCCUGUAUCCAACGCCUCACCUGCGAAAUUCUGUUGACCCAACCCUGGAUGCAAACUUUUGCAAAAAGUUAUGACUCCUCCUGGGCAAAGCCGUUGGGACUUAACCCGCUUGUGAAGGCCGUAGUAACUGGAAAGUGCAAAAAACUCAACUGCACCAAUAAUAAUGAGUCGUUUGCUACUCUAUCCGUAGUCAAUCAAAAUAGUAACGUCAACUUUAAAAUGAACAGUAAGAAUAGCAUUGAUGCAAACUCCGUUUUAUAGUUCGCACGAAGUUACAUACUUCGGUACAUACUUUUUUGAAGUAAUCUUAUAACGAUAUUUGAGUUGAUAAGUAUACCUUUUGCGACGGUUGCGACCUACCUGCACCUAUACGCCCUAGCUCAUAAGUGUCUGUGCUUUUACUUUAAAAGCCGCUCUAAAGGCCUAACCCGCGUGUUUAUAGACGUAUGAUAAAAGUUUACAAGAAACGCACUGUACCGAAAUGAAACUUUUCGGGAGCAUGGCCAGCUGAAUUUAGUAAUAAAAAACAAUCUAGUACUCAACUUUCUUUCGCACUUUUUUAAGAUAGAUACUUAUUCUUUCUGAACUUACUACAAAUCCUGUGAGUGGGACACAUAUCCAAAGAUUUUUUAAAUUCUAGGUUGUAUGAUAUGCAUCAAACAAAGACAUUAAAACGAAAUUGACUAUGGCUCUUAUAUUAAUUAUUAUAUGAUAUGAUCGUAUGAUAUGUUAAACUUAUACCAUUAAAGGAUAACAAUUACAGCUUAUUCAAUUGUAUUCCUUUGAUAGAGGUCUUUAACUGCUGUAUGCCAGAUUAUCAUUGAAUAUCAGAAAUGGACAACCAUCGAAUGUGAGCUAAUUAUGUGUAUGUAUAGUAAAUAAGCUUCUCUAAAUUAGAAAAUUAAUAUGUGCCAAGUAUAAUAAAUUUAUUAAAAUACGUUUUCAGUCAAAACUAUAACAUACUUUCCUCAAAUGUGAAGUAGAGCGAUCAUAUUUGUUUCCAAGAUGAGCAUUAACACAGUAAAAAAUAUUAUUUGUACCUUGUAAUGCUGUCUUAGACGAAACAGGAGCUCCAUCUUUCUUUAAAUACGCUUUGUUUCUAGGUAGAAACGUAAUAAAUUGAUUGUGCUCUAUUCAUAAAGUAGGGACGCAAAUGGG